AUGGCAUCGACGCGCUCCACCACUGGCAGUUCGCGGCCACGCGUACACCUCACUGUCGACACUGGCCCAGAGCGCAAACGUACCAACACUACAACGGGCGCCAAGCGCGGUCGCAAGCCCGGUUCAUCAAAAUCGGGUACCACCACUACCAAGUCUCGCGCUGCAACGGGCGCAGGUGUCAAGAAGCGCGGUCGCCCUGCCGGCUCGACCAAGGCUGCUGCUUCUACUACCGGCACUCACCACAAGAGAAAGUCUCACUUAAGUGACAAGAUUGAGGGCGUCGCGGACAAGGUGAUUGGUACCGUCACACGGAAGCCUGGCAAGAAAGCAGCCGGAACCAAGAAGAUCCGCGGCACAGACGGCAAGAAUGCUCGAGGCAGGCCCAGGAAGGCGUAA